AUGGCUGAUUUAAUAAAUGAAAUUGAUUCCAUUCCACAAUCUGAUAAAAGAAGUAAAUCUUUAUAAUUAUCCAAUAUUUUAAUUUUUUGUAAUAUUUAUGAUUAAUUCAUAAUUUGUUUAUAUUAAUUUAUAGCAUCUUACACUACAAAUAAUGUUGAAAUAAGAGUUAUGCAGGGACAGAGUGGACGAACAGAAGAGCCAGAAGUUACUGAUUUUUUUACAGGGGUAACAUAAUUCUUACUCAUAUUUUUUUAAAACCAGGUGAAUAUUUUUUGUAUUAAGUGUUUUAGUAACCUAUUCAAAUUUUAAAAAUUUCGGAAACUAAUGUUUUUGAUAUAUAUGUGACUAAUUUUAUUGAAAUACUUCAUGGCAUGAUUUUAUGGGUGAAAACUAUUUUUAUUUAAAACUAUGUGAAAUUAAUAUAAAUAUGUAUUUUUAUUCUAGAAAUCAAACACAGAUGAUCAACAAGUGGAAGACUUCAUUGGUUUUACUCCCAGUGAAAUAAAAGAAAGUAAAAGACAAUUUUUAAGUAUGAUCAUUUUUUCAUAAUUCUUAAACAAUAACUUUUUGUUUUUAAUUACAUACAUAAAUUAUGUUUUUUUUAUAAANAUGAUUAAUUCAUAAUUUGUUUGUAUUAAUUUAUAGCAUCUUACACUACAAAUAAUGUUGGAAAAGGAGUUAUGCAGGGGCGAAGUGGACGACCAGAAGAGCCAGAAGUUACUGAUUUUAUUACAGGGGUAACAUAAUUCUUACUCGUAUUUUUUAAAAAUUUGGUGAAUAUUUUUUAUGUUUAGUUUUUUGGUGGAUGUUUUAAAUAUUAUACCAUUAUUAUUAUUGAAUCUAUCAUUUUGAAAACAAUGUAUGUAUAAGCAAGCAUUGAAUUUUAAAUGUCAAGAUAUUAUGUAACUAUAAACAUUAAUUCAAAUAAAAACAAUAAACUGGUGUGCAUUGACUAGUUAGAAAUAGAAAAAUAAAAUAUUUGAAAUCGAUGAUAAAUCAAUUUAUGAAUAAGAAAAAAAUUAGCUGGGUUAUAGGUAUUGAAAUUUACAAAAAUUUUAAAUGUAUUUGCACAAUGUUAAGAUUAACAGUUUUAAAACUUAAAACAAUUAAGAUUUAUUGAUUGGUUUACUUAACAUUAUUAUCUCUAUCGUAUUUAAAUUUAAAUAAAAGUUUAUUAUAUUGUAAAAUUAACCCAUAACAGGGUUUUUUACAUAAAUCAUUAUCGAAAAAUAAGCUGAGAUUAUUUAUGAGGUUUUCUCCUAUUAAUUAAAAAACAAAAUAAAAUAAAUGGCCUUUCUAUUGCAUUUACCAGGUACAGUUUUAUACAUGAAAUUACAUUAAAAUUGCUAUUGUCAAUUUUUUUAAAAAUUAUAAAUAGAGUUUAUUUGUUCGUGAUUUUUUAAAGCAUAACAAAUUAAUUUUAAUUUACAAUGCACAUUUUCUAGUUCUUAUCCCUGUGAGUAAUAUUUAUAUAUUAAAAAAACAGAAUUUGAUAAAUUAUUUAUUUCAGUCUCUGAAGGCAUUACCAUUGGUAUAAUAUCUUUGUGUUAUAAUACCUGUAUACAAUAUUUAUUUUACCAAAAAUUACCUUUUGCAACUAUGGUUAGGAUAAAUAUAUUGAAAGUUCUAUAGAUAUUAUAUAUAAAGUUUUUUCUAAAAAAAAUUGAAUCUUUUUUUUCACAUAUGCCUUAUUCGAAUUCAAUUUUCAAAAACAGUGUUAGUCUUUUUUUUGAAAUACCUGUUUUAUUAUAUGAACAGUUUCUCAUCACUUGUGUAUUGCAGUAAAUAAUUUAGCAAAAUUAUACAUAAAAUAGUAAUUUUACAAAAAAAAUCCUGAUUUUUAAUACGGUAAGAAACAAUUUAAUAAAUUAUAGGAAUUGUAAUGAUUUGUAUUAAACUAGAUAAAUAUUAAAAUUAUAUUAAUUAUAGGAAAUAAAAUUGUAUUUUUACUAUAGGAAUCAAACACAGAAGAUGGUCAUGAGGAGAAUUUCCUUGGUUUUACUCCCUGUGAAAUAAAAGAAAGUAAAAGAAAAUUUUUAAGUAAGAUCAUUUUUUCAUAAUUUUUAUAUAAUAACUUUUUGUUUUUAAUUACAUAUGUAAAUUAUAUUUGUUUUACAAAUACGAAAAAAGAGUAUAUGGAUGAUUUAAUAAAUGAAAUUGGUUCUGCUACACAAUCUGAUAAAAGUAGUAAGUAUUUAUAAUCACCCAACAUUUAAUUUUUCGUAAUAUUUAUGAUUAAUUCAUAAUUUGUUUAUAUUAAUUUAUAGCAUCUUACACUAUAAAUAAUAUUGGAAUGGGAGUUAUACAGUGGCGAAGUGAACGACCAGAAGAGCCAGAAGUUACUGAUUCUUUUACACAGGUAACAUAAUUUUUACUCUUAUUUUUUAAAAAUGUGGUGAAUAUUUUUUGUAUUAUGUGUUUCGAUGGACUGUUUAAAUAUUAUACCAUUAUUAUUAUUGUAUCUAUCAUUUUGAAUACAAUGUAUGAUCAAGUAUUGAAUAGUAAAUGUCAAGAUAUUGUGUACCUAACUAUAAACAUGAAUUAAAAUAAAAAUAGCAACAUUAGUGUGCAUCGACUGGCUAGACAUAGAAAAAUAAAAGAUUUGAAAUCAAAGAUAAAUCAAUUCGUGAAUCAGAAAAAUAAAUUAACUGGGUGUAGUUAGGUAUAUAAAUUUCUAAAAAUUUAAACACAACAUAUUAUUAAAAGUAUAAGCACAACAUUAGGAUUAGCACUAUUAAGAAUUAAAACGCAAACUAUGGAUUGACUUUCCUAACUUUCAAAUGUGCUUGCUGGGGUCCGGGAAGGGAGCCACAUCGCCCCACCCCCCAGCUAUUUGUUGAUUUAUGUUUGUAUAUUGUAGUAUAUUUUUACAAAUCUUUUUAAAAGCUAUAUUUUCAAUUAAGGAAAUAAUUGUAUAGUGUUUACUGUUUACUAAAUUUUUUGUUCGUUCUGUCUGUUGUGUUCCGCAGCAUAAUAAAUAGGCAAAAUAUGUCAUAGGUCACAUUAGUCGAUAUCACUGACAAGUUUGUGGUUGUGGUCUGUAUUCUGUGUGUAUCACAUUCACAAUCAAUUUUCGGUUUAUCUUGGUUCGAGCGCAUAAAUAAAUGUUUUCGAUAAAAUAGAUCGAUAAUUGAUUAAUCAUUAACUGAUAAGUGAUAAGAUUAUAUUGUAGUUUCUUUAAUACGCAAUAUACUUACAUUCAUUAUUGGUGGAUGAAACAAUGUAUAUUGCAGCAAUAAAACAGUUAUAAAUAUGUUUAAAAUAUGUGUCUUAUGAAAAUAUUAAAUAAUCAAGCAGUUAUAAAAGAAGACUUUGUAGGGUUUAUUUCAUUGGAAAAAUUGGACUCAGAAAGUAUACCAAAAAAUAUUUCUAGUUUACAAGAAUGGCAUGUAGGACAUAAAUACAUUGGUGGGACAAGGAUAUGAUGGUGCUAGCACAAUGGCUUGACAUGUUAGUGGAGUAUGAAAACGAAUAAGAAACAAGUAUAUGAAAGCAGUUUUUGUCCAUUAUGCCAGUUGUAGAUUAAAAUUGGUUUAACUGAAUUCAAUUCUAUUUAUUCACAAUACAAUUGAUAUUAUCAAAGAAACAAUUAUAUUUUUUAAGGAAGGUUCAUUACUUCGAACAAUUGCUCCAAGUCUUACAAAAUUGUGUGUUACUAAGUGGUCAAAGUCAUAUAAGGCAUUAGAAAAUAUUAUGAAAAUUAUCUGCUUAUAGUUGAAGUACUAGAGUAUCUUAAAGUAAAUGGGAAUAAAAUUACAUCAUUGAAAGCUAGAUAUCAUUUAAAUUCUGUUACCAUAUCUCAAUUUAAUGUGUGCCUUAGGAUAAAAGCUAAAUAUUCUACAACUAUAAAACCUAUAGCUAAUUCAUUACAGAGUUAAAAUUGUAAUUUAUUGAGUAUAGAUAAAUAUAUAAAAUACAUACAUUAAAUAUAUCAGUGUUGGUAGAGCUAAUAACAAGGAAAUAUUUUAAAUUAUAAUGAAAGAUAUUAAUAUACUUUUAAAUAGACUUGGUAUUACAUUAAUGAUUCCAAGAGUAUCAUCAAAAAAAAACUUUAAGAAAUAACACACCUUCAUCAGAUCCAGUAGACUUCAACAGAAAAUCAAUUUACAUUCCAUACCUAAAUUCAAUGAUUAUAUCAUUAAAUGAUAGGGUUGCCAAGACUAAUAAAAAAAAAAUUGAUAUUUAUUAUGACACAACAAUGAGUAUAAUAUCUUUAUGGGACAACCUGUAUACAAUUUUUAUUAAACUGAAAAAUAGCUUCUCACUAUGGAUAAGAAAAAUAUAAGACUUAUUGUAUUGAAAUACUUCAUGGUAUGAAUAGGUUGAUAACAAUUAUUUUUAUAUCAAACAUUUAUUUAUCUAUUUAUUUUGUCUGCAUAUUUCUUAUAAUAAUUUAAUUGGCAAUAAAAGUAAUAAUACUUUUUAAUAAUCCUAUUUCAUUAUAUGAACAGUGUGUGUCUAAUCAAUUAUGUACAGCCAGAAGUUAUACAUAUAAUCAUGCCAUAACCCCCCCCCCCUCGGAAUUAAAUUCGAUAAUAAACUAUUCAAUAAAUAAUAUGAAUUGUGGUAAUGUGUAAUGAGUUAGAAAAAUUUAAAUACGUAUAAAUAAUAGGAAUCAAAAAUAUAUAAUCCUAUAAUAAAAAUGUAUUUUUAUUACAGGAAUCAAAAACAGAGGAUCAACAGGAGGAAGACUUCUUUGGUUUUACUCCCAGUGAAAUAAAAGAAAGUAAAAGACAAUUUUUAAGUAUGAUCAUUUUUUCAUAAUUCUUAAACAAUAACUUUUUGUUUUUGAUUAAAUAUGUAAAUUAUUUUCUUUUUACAAAAAUAAAAAACAGGGUGUAUGGGUGAUUUAAUAAAUGAAAUUGAUUCAAUUACACAAUCUGAUAAAAAAAGUAAGUCUUUAUAAUUUUCCAAUAUUUUAAUAUGUUGUAAUAUUAAAAAUUAAAUGAUAAUUUGUUUCUAUCAACUUAUAGCAUCUUACACUACAAAUAAUGUUGGAAUAGGAGUUAUGCAGGGACAAAGUGGACAACCAGAAGAGCCAGAAGUUACUGAUUUUUUUACAGGGGUAACAUAA